UGAUUUGCAUACCAAGUGCGUUGUGGAUGUUGAUACAAACAAAGUUAUUCUGAAUCCUGUGAAUACCAAUGUUUCCAAAGGAGAUGCCCGGGGCCAGCCUAAGGUGUUUGCUUAUGAUCACUGUUUCUGGUCCAUGGAUGAAUCUGUUCGAGAGAAGUAUGCAGGUCAAGACGAUGUCUUCAGGUGCCUUGGGGAGAACAUCCUCCAGAAUGCCUUCGAUGGCUACAAUGCCUGUAUCUUUGCCUAUGGACAGACAGGGUCUGGAAAAUCUUACACUAUGAUGGGCACAGCUGAUCAACCUGGAUUAAUCCCAAGACUCUGCAGUGGGCUCUUUGAACGAACUCAGAAAGAGGAAAAUGAAGAGCAGAGUUUUAAAGUUGAAGUGUCCUACAUGGAAAUUUAUAAUGAGAAAGUUCGCGAUCUUCUUGAUCCCAAAGGAAGCCGUCAAACGUUGAAAGUUAGAGAGCACAGUGUGUUGGGACCCUAUGUGGAUGGACUUUCAAAGCUGGCGGUCACAAGCUACAAGGACAUCGAGUCUCUGAUGUCUGAGGGUAACAAGUCCCGGACAGUUGCUGCAACCAACAUGAACGAGGAGAGCAGCCGGUCCCACGCAGUCUUCAAGAUCACCCUCACGCACACUCUCCACGAUGUGAAGUCUGGGACGUCUGGGGAAAAGGUGGGCAAGCUGAGCUUAGUUGAUUUAGCCGGCAGCGAGCGAGCCACGAAAACCGGAGCCGCUGGCGACAGGCUGAAGGAAGGCAGCAACAUCAACAAGUCCCUCACAACCCUCGGUCUGGUUAUCUCAGCCCUAGCAGAUCAGGGUGCUGGCAAAAACAAGAACAAAUUUGUUCCCUAUCGUGACUCAGUUCUCACGUGGCUACUCAAGGACAGUCUGGGAGGCAACAGCAAGACCGCCAUGGUGGCCACCGUGAGCCCGGCAGCAGAUAACUAUGACGAGACCCUGUCAACCUUGCGGUACGCAGAUCGAGCAAAGCACAUUGUCAACCAUGCUGUGGUGAACGAGGACCCCAAUGCCAGGAUUAUCCGUGAUCUCCGAGAAGAGGUGGAGAAACUCCGAGAACAGCUGACCAAAGCAGAGGCAAUGAAAUCUCCAGAGCUAAAAGACCGGCUGGAAGAAUCCGAGAAGCUUAUCCAGGAAAUGACUGUGACUUGGGAAGAGAAAUUAAGGAAAACUGAGGAGAUUGCACAGGAGCGGCAAAAGCAGCUGGAGAGCCUUGGAAUCUCUCUCCAGACUUCCGGCAUCAAAGUUGGGGAUGAUAAGUGUUUCCUCGUUAAUCUGAAUGCUGACCCAGCUCUGAACGAGCUCCUGGUGUACUACUUAAAGGAACAUACGUUGAUUGGGUCAGCAAAUUCCCAGGACAUCCAGCUGUGUGGGAUGGGGAUUCUCCCCGAGCACUGUAUCAUAGACAUCACACCAGAAGGCCAGGUCAUGCUGACCCCUCAGAAGAACACCAGAACAUUUGUAAACGGGUCUUCUGUUUCCAGCCCCAUCCAGCUACACCAUGGGGACAGGAUACUAUGGGGCAACAACCAUUUCUUCAGACUCAAUUUGCCUAAAAAGAAAAAGAAAGCAGAAGGUGAGGAGGGGCACGACGGCUCCCUGAGGAACGACAGCAGUUCUGAGCAGCUGGAUGCUGACGGGGACUCCUCCAGCGAGGUGUCCAGUGAGAUCAACUUCAACUUUGAGUACGCUCAGAUGGAGGUGACCAUGAAGGCCCUGGGCAGCAAUGAUCCUAUGCAGUCCAUAUUGAACAGCCUGGAGCAGCAGCACGAGGAGGAGAAGCGUUCUGCGCUGGAGCGCCAGCGGCUCAUGUACGAGCAGGAGCUGGAGCAGCUCCGGAGAAGGCUGUCUCCCGAGAGGCACAGCUACCGAGCUGGGGACCGGCUCUCCUUCCACUCACCCAGCGCCCAGCAGCGCUUGAGACAGUGGGCUGAGGAGAGAGAAGCAACAUUGAAUAACAGCUUGAUGAGGCUGAGGGAACAAAUUGUAAAGGCCAACCUGCUGGUGCGUGAAGCUAGUUACAUCGCAGAGGAGCUGGAUAAAAGAACUGAAUAUAAAGUCACCCUCCAGAUCCCGGCGUCCAGCCUGGAUGCCAACAGGAAGCGAGGCUCCCUCCUCAGUGAACCUGCAAUCCAAGUGAGGAGAAAAGGAAAAGGAAAGCAGAUUUGGUCUCUGGAGAAGCUGGACAACAGGCUGUUGGAUAUGAGAGACCUCUACCAGGAGUGGAAGGAGUGCGAGGAGGACAGCCCGGUAAUCCGGUCUUACUUCAAGCGUGCUGACCCUUUCUAUGAUGAGCAGGAAAAUCACAGUCUCAUCGGCGUGGCCAAUGUCUUCCUGGAGACCCUGUUUUAUGAUGUGAAGUUGCAGUAUGCCGUCCCAAUCAUCAACCAGAAGGGAGAGGUGGCAGGUCGGCUGCAUGUGGAGGUAAUGCGACUCAGCGGGGCAAUUGCAGAGAGGAUUGCAGGAGGAGAUGAUGCUGCAGAGGUUGGCUCUGAGAAGGAAGCCCAGGAGAACAGGCUGGUCUGUAUGGUUAAAAUACUCCAGGCCACUGGGUUGCCACAACAUCUGUGCCACUUUGUAUUCUGCAAAUACGACUUCUGGGAUCAGCAGGAGCCAGUGACCGUUGCCCCUGAAGUGGAUACCUCCUCGUCUCCUACCAGCAAGGAGCCGCAGUGCAUGGUUGUCUUCGAUCACUGCAGUGAGUUUUCUGUUAAUAUCACUGAAGACUUCAUUGAGUAUCUUUCGGAAGGAGCCUUGGCUAUUGAAGUAUAUGGGCAUAAAAUGAAUGAUCCUCGGAAAAAUCCAGCCCUGUGGGAUUUGGGAAUCAUCCAAGCAAAAACAAGGAGUCUUCGGGACAGGUGGAGCGAAGUCACCAGGAAGUUGGAAUUCUGGGUUCAGAUCUUGGAACAGAAUGAGAAUGGAGAACACUGCCCUGUGGAAGUGAUUUCUGCCAAGGACGUCCCAACAGGGGGCGUCUUCCAGCUCCGGCAGGGGCAGUCCCGGCGAGUUCAGGUUGAGGUGAAGUCUGUACAGGAGUCGGGGACCUUACCACUCAUGGAAGAAUGCAUAUCAUCAGUUGGCAUCGGAUGUGUGAGAGUUAGACCGCUCAGAUCCCCUAAGAUCCAGGAGAACUUCCACGAGGAAGAGGAGGACAUGGACAGCUACCAGGAUCGGGAUUUAGAGAGGCUACGUAGAAAAUGGCUCAAUGCAUUAACAAAACGUCAAGAAUACUUGGAUCAGCAGCUCCAGAAGCUUGUCAGUAAACAUGAUAAAACAGAAGAUGAUGCUGACCGUGAGGCGCAGCUCCUGGAGAUGCGGUUGACACUCACUGAGGAGAGGAACGCAGUGAUGGUGCCCUCUGCUGGCAGCGGCAUUCCUGGGGCACCUGCUGAGUGGACCCCAGUGCCCGGGAUGGAAACCCACAUUCCUGUUGUAUUCCUCGACUUAAACGCUGAUGAUUUCAGCUCUCAGGAUAACCUUGAUGACCCAGAAGCUGGUGGAUGGGAUGCUACCCUGACAGGGGAAGAAGAGGAAGAGUUCUUUGAGCUGCAGAUUGUGAAACACCAUGAUGGAGAGGUGAAAGCAGAGGCCUCCUGGGACUCAGCAGUGCACAGCUGCCCUCAGCUCAGUAAAGGCACACCUGCCGAUGAGCGAGUGUUCCUCAUAGUGCGUGUGACGGUCCAGCUCAGCCACCCUGCCGACAUGCAGCUGGUCUUACGCAAGAGGAUUUGUGUCCAUGUUCAUGGCCGCCAGGGUUUUGCUCAAAGUCUCUUCAGAAAGAUGUCUCAUCGAAGCUCCAUUCCUGGCUGUGGAGUGACCUUUGAAAUCGUCUCCAAUAUUCCAGAGGAUGCCCAGGGAGUGGAGGAGCGAGAGGCAUUGGCACGGAUGGCAACUAACGUAGACAACACGGCUUCUGCUGCCUCCGAGGCAUAUAUCGAGAAGUAUCUGCGCAGCGUGCUGGCUGUGGAGAACCUCCUGACCUUGGACCGCCUUCGCCAGGAAGUGGCAGUGAAGGAGCAGCUGACGGGGAAAGGGAAACUGAACCGGAGGAGCAUCAGCUCUCCCAGCGUGAACAGAUUGUCUGGAAGCCGACAGGAGCUUAGCCCGUCACCCAGUCUAGGCAGCAACAAGGGCCGAUGGGAAAGUCAACAGGAUGUAUCCCAAACACUAGUUUCCAGAGGAAUAGCUUCAGGCCCCCCAGCUCUCUCUGUCUCUCCCCCAAAUAACCACUCGCCAGAUCCUGGACUCGGUGGCCUUGCAGCCUCCUACUUAAACCCAGUGAAGUCCCUGGUGCCACAGAUGCCAAAGCUGCUGAAGUCUCUCUUCCCUGUCCGCGAUGACAGAAGGGGCCGGCAGUCAUCUCCCCUUGGACCUCAGCCCGUGCCCCGAAUCUUGGUGCAGCCUGCCUUCCCGACCAGGAUGGAGGAGGCUCAGCGAGGCAGCCCCGGGCCUGGCGGGGCCUCGGAGUCCAUGGUGCGGGUGGUGGCUCCUGCUGUAAAGAUUUGUGACAAGCCUGUCAAAGUGCCUUCCCCACCAGCCACCGUGGCCGUCACUCAGCCCCUGGAAGGGCAGGAUGGGCCCCCCAGCCCCCUGAGCGAAGCUUCUAGUGGCUACUUCUCCCACAGUGUCUCCACUGCCACCCUCUCAGAUGCCCUCACCUUAGGCUUGGAUACCACAGGCUCUGGCAGCCAGACGCCUGGGUCACCCCCUGCACAGUGUCAGGCCACCCCAGAGCCUGAGCUGGCUCUUCUUUCCUGCACACAAAGCCACCCACCAGUCCCCGAGGAGCCCCUGGUGCAGCCCGCCACACCUACUCCGGUUAAGGAGCUGGAGGCCCCGAGGCCACACUUUCUGCCUGAAUCUGCAUCUGUGUUGCCCACAUCCCCAUUCAGAAUCCGGAAGGUGCGGACCUCAGAGCUGAAGUCCUUCUCGGGCAUGCUAGGGGGCAGCUCCUCAGCCGAGGAGGACCUGCUGGCUGCAGAAGAGGCCGGCAACGCGGGGGGACAGGCCCUGGGGAGGCUGGACGUGACAUCUGACUCUGAGGAGGCCGGCGAAGUCCCCGAGUGGCUCAAAGAGGGCGAGUAUGUUGUUGUGGGCACCAACAAAACUGGCAUCGUGAGGUACAUAGGACCGGCUGACUUCCAAGAGGGGACAUGGAUUGGUGUGGAGCUGGACCUGCCCUCAGGAAAGAAUGAUGGCUCCAUUGGCGGCAAGCAAUACUUCAAGUGCAACCCGGGCUAUGGGCUGCUGGUGAGGCCAGGUCGGGUCCGCAGGGCCGCAGGCACUGGGCUCAGGCGCAGUGCAGGACUCAGGCCGCAGGGAGCCCCUGAGGCCCGUAGGAGCGUCACCCUCUCAGGCUCUGCCACCAACUUGGCCUCACUGACAGCUGUAUUGGCCAAGGCUGACAGGAGCCACAAGAACCCUGAGAACCGGAAGUCCUGGGCCAGCUGAACCACACCUUCCCCGGUGGACGCUAACGGGACGUGGGAUCCCUUGAGUCCUCUUGGCACCUGCCAGUGGGACCCCUUCCCUGGGAGCAGGACCAUGAAUGCUUUUUGCACGAUGACAGGGCUGGUAACCAGCCUGGUUCCUCAUCCUCCCUGGGAUUCCAGAAACCACGUUUUACUCCUUUACUUGAUUGAUGGUGGCAGAGAUCCCUCAGCUGUGCUCCUUGGGUAGAGGGUGGAAGGUUCUGGGAGCCCAGAGAAUUGUGGGAUGGUAGAGUGAGGUCCUGGGAGGCAGAGCUGGAGCCGAGGCAGCUCCCAGCCUGACUGUAACGGGGUGUCCCAGCCAGGCUUUGCUGGGCUUCCCUUUUUUUGUCCUGCUGAUCUCACUAGUGUCUUAAUUUAAACAGUAAUCCUAACUAGUGCCUUCCUUCCCACCCACAGGGCUUCCUCCUUCUGCCUGGGGGCCAGUGCCCACAUCAUCCUCCAUCCCUUUAACCCCUCACCAAGUGACAUAUUCCCUCAAGUACCUCUGGUGAGCCCUUGUGCUCAGUAGAGGUGGCAGGCAGAAUCCUUCUGUCGCACGCACACAUCUGGGAGGCGUCUUUGCUGGUGUCCUAGUGCCUUUCUGCUUGGAAAGUCUUUUCUGUCUGCCAUUUAUCCCCUUAACAGGAUGUCUGGACUAUAUUUAUUUAUAUUUAUAUUUUUUCAAAAGCUAAAGUCAUUCGCGAGCCACAAUCGUCUGCUCUGGUGUGGGUGCCUGGGGCCUGACUUGCACUCUGGCUGGGUGUGGCAGCCUCCUAGUCUGGUGGAAGUUGCUGUAUGCAGUCAGCAGAUGAAGCUCUCUGUUUAUUGCUUGAUUGCCGACUGUCAGGAGGAAGGCAUACCCUGAGGCCUUGACAGAGUGAGCUCAUGCCAUACCUGCCUUAUUUGAUGCUGUCACAUGUCGGGGAAUAUCUGGAAAUUGUUUUUACUCCGUGACCAUUUCUAGGCCCUGACCACACCUGGGCCCUGGCAGCCAGGCACGUUGCCUGUGGGGAAUAGCUGGCCUCCAGUUUUCUCCCUCACAUUCUGUGGCAACCAUGCCCCAUCCGAGGUAGAAGGUGUAGCGGAGUUGUCACCCUGUUGUCCCAGGCAUCACCCUGACCUCCAGCUUGGGCCAGAGGCCCUGGCUCAGAAUGUGCACCAGGGGCUUUUGGCAGCUUGUUUUAGUUCUUACUCUUAAGCUCUUAAAAACAGCACCUAGGAAGUAAUUCCUUAAGUAAUUCCAGACUCACUGUCUGGGUGAGGCAUCCCACCUGGUGGUUCCUCAGAAUACCACCGCCUCCCCUGGCCUUUGUGGCCUCUGUCCUGGUAAUGCCUUGCACACACUGUCAGGCUGGCCAGUCUCACCACUGCUUGCACAGCCCUUGGCUAGAGGUUGGCAGGGGGAAUGGAGGACAUGUGACUCCCUAGCAGAGGCCGAGACUCUGGCCUGUGCCCCCCCCCCCCAGCCUGGAGUCGGUAUCCCUCUGUUCUUCCAGCCUCAGCAGCCAGACAUGGGGGUCUGGGCUGGCAGAGGACUCUUUCUAGAACAGCACAGAUGUCUGUGGGUGCUGCUAGCUGGAGGCAGGUACUGAUUUGCUCUCCCUUCUCAUCAGGUGGCAUUCUGGGGACAGGUGCUGGGGGUGUUUUGGAAUUAGCGCUGUCACUUCCCCCUGGCGUCCCUGCUUCCCUUCCUGUCCAGCACAGAAGUUCUUUUGAUGUGUUUUGGUGAGAAAUUUUGUCCUGUUAGCAUCUAGAAUUCUGUGAUGUACCCUUUGGUGUAGAGACCAGCUCAGUUCCCUGAGUCGGGGCCAGAGCCCCAGAGUACCUCCCUACGAUGGCCAUGCACUGGGCACUGGGGAGAGAAGACCUUGAAGGUCAGUGGUAUGACUCUGGGAGUGAGGGACACUGCUGUGUCUGUCACUUGGAGGGAUGUGAAGGAACUAUUGACCUGCACAGAUCUUGCUGGCUGGAGCUGGCAGCAGUGCACGCCUCCAGUGAUUCAGGCCAGCUGUUUGGUGAGUCUGGGACCAACUUCUUUCCCAUCAGCCCCUAUGUUCCCCAGCUCCAUGGACCUGCACACCCUGGCUGCAAAGCUCUGAUGUCUAUCAGCACCAUUGUCUUGGGGGCUUCUAGGACACUCCUGACUUCAGAAGCGGUCAGCUUCACUGGCAGCUGGCCAGAGAACCUGGGCCAGGACGGCUGUGUGCAUGGCCCUGAGUGGUUGGCACUGGGCCCCAGCACCUUGGCUGUGGUGUGCGAAAGUGAUCUUUUUUCACAGAAAGCUCUCUGCUGCUCUGAGUAUACUGGUCCUCGGUGUGGCUGGGAUUUUUCUGAGAAUGAAGUGUUUGGGACCUCGUGCUGGCAGUGUUGGUCCCUUGGGUGUUUUUGAUGAGCUGUCCCUGUGGCUGGGUGUUUGCCCCAAGGGUAGUGGAGCUGACCUCAGGAAAGACAGCUGCAGGUGGGGUCUGGAAGGAUGGAGCACACCCAGUCUUCUAGGGCUUUGCUGUCCUGCUGUUCUUACACUCUGACCUGUACUUCCCCUGUGGGCUGGACAGAGGCACUGAGCCUUGUGCUUCCCAGACCUCCUCCCCACUAGAUGGAGGCAGCAAUGUGAAUGGGGAACCUGUAGCUUUGCUUCUCGGAAAUGUGGUGAUGUACAGAGAAUGUGGUGACCAAGUGUCAGACAGUGGAGGGCAGGUAGUGGGUAUGUAGCCAGUUGCCAGGUGCCCAAGCCUAACCAUAGAGCAGGAGGGCAGAGGAGCAGUGAUUGUGGACCGUGUUCAGUGAUGUGGCCCUGAGGUAUAAAGGUUUAGGAAGUGUUCCCGUGUUUCCUGUCCUCCUGGUAGCUCUCCUUGUGUCUCAGAGGUGCCCUAAGAAGCAGACAAGUAGCUCCUGUUUUGUUUUCUUUUUUCGCAUAGACUUGCCCUGCCUGCUGAGGCUGCCUGUGCUGAGUGCCUCACAUGGAGGGCGGUCCGAAGCUUCCUUGAGCCCUGGGCCAUCUUGAGACCAAGACCCCAGGGCCUUCUGAAGUGCCUUCCAUGGGGCCAGUGUCCAGCCCAGCCUGUGCUUCCAGCCCUAGAUACUACACAAAGCAUCUUUUUAUGUCUGUGGUGCCUUCCUGGUGGGCUGUGGAUCCCCAUGGUAUUGGGAGAGGCUGGAAACAGUGUGUGUGGGUGGACUGUGUAAAUAUGAGUUCAUGUGAAGUGAUAGUGAUUCCAGGAUUAUAGUGAUUUGGUACAUAUUAAAUGGGAGAUAAAAAAAAUCCAAAGACUCUAAUGAAUUGUAAAGACUGAUGGUUUGCAUUGUAUGAUGAACUAAACUACUGUAAUUUUGUACCAUAAAUGCCUUUUUGUCAAGUGACCAACAGCCUCUAAAUAAAACCAGAUGAUUUCUUGCUUA